CGGUUCCUUAUCCAGCUCUUGCUGCUCUCCCGCGCCGCGCGCCGCCCGCCGCGCCCUCCUGCCUCGUACGGCCAGGGUGGUGGUGCCAAUCUCAAUCUGACGCCCGCAUACUGACUACUGGUUGUGCGGCACUGCCGUCGACGAGAGCGUUGCAUCCGUGCCGCCGCGGAAGCGCAGAUAGAGCCAAAAUCAGGCUGUGUGUCUGAAGUGCCCAACUCGCCGCAUCAAUUGCAAUGCGCAUCGCGACUCGUGCCGGACGCCGCCGCGCGGCACGCCUGCGCGGCCCGGCCCUCCAAGAGGGCAUCUUGUACACGGUCCUCGGCUUUUUGGACGAGCGCGACGAUGCGAGCGUCGCGCGAAUCUGCAAGGACUACGCGGCGCUGCGACGGGCGUUCGUGCUCCGAUGCGGGUGCGACUGCAAACAGCUCUGGAACGUGUGCUACUCGUCCGACGGGAGAUAUGUGGCUACGGACGCCGGCCGCGAUAUUAGCGUGUACGAUUCAACUACGGGCCAGCUGUGUUAUCGCCAGACGAAUUAUGACAUGGGCACGGGACGCGAGGUCCGGGCGCUCGCGUUCUCGGACGAGCCUGGUCUGACGUUCGCAGCGGGCGGUAUUGAUCACGAGGGCAACGUUGAUUUCUGCACGUUAUACGUCGACGGCGCCUUGCGGCACACGUGGCAGCGCGAAGGCGUCGUCUGGGCCGUGGCGUUCGCUCCGGGCGGCGCAACGCUCGCCGCCGGCGGUCAGGACGAGAAGGUUACCUUGUACGACACGACGACCUACGAGGUGCGCAAGGAGCUCUUCCGCGACGGAGAGGUGAACGCGGUUGCAUUCAGUCCGGACGGGCAACUGCUGGCCUGCGGCGGCGACGACGCUUUAUUGGCGGUGUAUGAUUUGGCCACGGGAGCGACGAUGAGGUGGGAGAGGCCGGGCGGCAACCUGAUAUUCACCGUCAAAUUCUCUCCGGACUCGUCGAUGGUCGUGGCCGGGAACCGUUUCAUGAUGCUCGCCGUAUAUGACGCAGCGACGGGCGCGCGACUGCGCACGCUCCAUUUCGGCGGCUCCGUCGAGAGCUCGGACUUCUCGCGGUGCGGGCGCUGGCUCGCGGUGGGCGACUUCACCGGGGCCGUGACGCUCUUCGACGUGAGGGAUCGCUUCAUCUGUCGCCGAGUGCUGAGGCGCGGCGGCGCGGUGCCCACCGUCGCGUUCAGCCCAGAUUCCGCGACCAUCGCUAUCGGCUCGUGGGACAACACCGUAUCUCUCUACGAUGUCGAGACGGGGGAGUUGCGUCGGCGGCGCGAGAGACGGAGCGCUAUCGACGCGGGUAGGAAGUAA